UUUAACACCUAUUUCACAAUAUUGGUAUUACACAACAUAAUGAUCACAGAUGGAUUAUGUUGGUAAUGUUUGUAAUGGUGUAGCACCCCAUUAACGUUCGAAACAAACAUUACCAUCGAGAUUUGUCCUUCGUCAUCGAGCAACGCUUUGAUGUGAAAUUAUAUUUGAAUCCAUGGGGGACUCUGUUGGACAUGCACUGUAUAACACAUGGGUUCAGAACAGAACUGGCCAACCUCUUAAAAAAAUAAAAAAAGACAGGCUUCUAGCAUACCGUGAAGCCAAGACAAACCUGUGGGGAGGUCCCCACCAUUGUGGGGUUAGCAGCAGCUGACAUAAGGCCCGUAAUUGUCUGGGGUCAAAGGUUAACUGAAGCCUAGUUACAGGCAGCCCCCCCACCUGGUCUGCACUUCCUGUAUUUGUUAACCAUUCGCCCCAUGUGAUGGCUGUGUUAUAAACAAGAACUCUAGAGUUGUGAAACAACUGGAACUUUGGAGCAGCUAGUCCCCCUUCACUGUUCCUCACCCUAUGAUUUCCCUUUUCUCUCUCUCCGCUCCCCUCCAACUCACCCAACUCUGAGCUCCUCCUCUGCUGAAAAGACACAUUUCCUGAUGUCAUUACUAAAUCAAAACCGUUGCUCAGCGAACAGAUGGUGUUCAGGGGCCCAACCACAUUGUGUAGCAUAGAUUGUCCUGAGAAUACAUCCUCUAAAUCUUUUUAAAGUCACUUUAAAUGUUAUUAUUUCAUCCCAGUAAUCGACAAAGACUUAUUUUGAAAAACGUCCUUUUUGAUAAGGAGCUUGAGGUAUGAAUAAUCGUUUUAGUGAUGAUGAAGAAGUGGUCUAAUGCGUUGUCUUUGAAGAGCAGUAUGAAACAGAGACAGUAGUCUCUUGAGGUAACAGUCAUGCAGCUCCACAUGGCUCAAGGUACUAAAUAAAGAUCCAGGAGGAGUCCACCCAUAUUCCCAGGCUUAUCCUAUUGUGUGAAUGCUGAAAGUCCUAUUGAGUUGGAGAUUUGCAUUACUUGCCUGUGGCUGUGGGGCAAAUAGAGAGUAGGUCUUUGCAAACAGCUGGCUGACUCUAAUAACGUCUUCCAGAUACAAUCACAUUAACCCAGAUAUGAAUCCACAGCCGUCUGCACAGCACACCGUGCGUAGUCAUGAUUACAUCCACCCUAAACGCCCCGGUCCUAAAUGUUUACUUAUGUUUCCGAUUUGGCAGAGGCAGCCCUCAAGGCAAAUAAAUCACAAGCUGCAAGUCAGCCAGGCCUUUGACUGUGAGAAAUGGAGACUAAAAAGCCCAACUAGAGUUAAAGAGUAAAGGGGUUUCAGAUGUGAGUCCAGCCCAACUUGGGUGUGCUCCCUUUUAUUUGAGAGAGAGAGAGAGAGAGAGAGGACAGUCUUUUGAGCCUCCACCCCUUUAAAAGGCAAGACAGUCCUAAAGAAAUGCACUGGAGAGGGUAAGAGCUUGCUGCCAAGGCGCAGGGCAGACAGACAGAUCCCCGAGGAACAUCUGGUAACCUAACCGCGGGUAACACCGAUCUGACAUCUGGUAACCGAGGGUAAUGCCGUGUCUAGCUGCUUCCACCCCUAUCUAGUUUCCUGUUAUGCCUUGCAGGACUCGGUGUUAGAAGUUCAGGCUCAGUCUAGAUGGUCGUCAGUCAGUAGGGGAAACUCUCCUAUGUUCACGUUCUCUGACAUGAAGGGAGCGCUUGUUUUCUUUGCGGUGCUCCUCUCUGUUCUUUCUGGCGUUAGCCUCGAAGAUAGAGGACUCUCCCGUGGAUUAGGUUGUGGGAAUAAGUAUGUUAAUUGUGAAGAAUACUGUGAAAUUUGUGUGUAUUUUCACACAAGGACGGAGUGCUACGCGACCUUAUUUAAGGAAACCUGCUACAGUCCUUUUGUAGGUGGCAUGGAGUUAUUAAACAACACAGACUGGUGCAACUGGAACAAUGUGAAGAGGAUGUAUAACACCUUCACCAUGUGCACGGAGGAGAUAGCAGAGUGUCUGCUGAUCCCCUGGCCCAACAGGAUGGUGGAGAAUGAGUUUGUAAACAUCCACUCCAGGUUCUUCCCGGACUGUCCCAACGAGGGGCUGAGCGACCCCCCGCCCAGCAUCGUGUUUGCCCUGGUGAUGACCCCCAUCUGCCUCAUCCCCAUCAUGGUUGUCCUGGUGGUGCUCAAGACCAAGAACGGAGAUGGCAGCUCCUGAUAGGACGUCCUGGAUCCGUCCUCAUCCACCCUGCCUCACCUCCAUGUUCAGACUCACUCUCUCCAUCCCCUGUGGAUUCAAGACUGGGACCAUUGACUCAACUAUUUUACAGAGAACUGCUUAGCAUCUUCCACCCACUGAUGAUUGGCUUAGCUCUGUGGAGUCCUACCAAAACAAUCUCACAGCCCAAACACCUGACACAUGACCUUUUUGGAUGCACUGAUACAGAAUGAGUUGUACCACAUGAGCAUCGUCCAAGGACACAGGGGUUCAAGAAAGGGUCCAUCAGUGUUGUGUAGAGUGUCAGGUCAACAUCCUCAGGGUUGCUUCUUGAAAACUCAUCUUCUCCUCAUUCCUCGAUGCUACUCUAACCAAAAGUGGCGACAGCCAUGUAAAUGUUUCGACUUCUUACACACCUUAGGAAAGUAUUUAAGAUAGUAGGGUUCAUGGACUUAUGUCAUUCUUGACAAUCCAUUCCAUGACCAUCUCCAUCUUGUCCCAGAUGUGAACCCCCUAGAAUCCUUUUAAUAGAACCCCUUUGGGUUCAAAGUAGAACCCUUUCCACAGAGGGCUCUACAUGGAACCCAAAAGAGUUGUGCCUAGAACCAAAAUGUUUUUUCUUGGAGUGUAGUUAUCCAUAUAGGUUCUCCAUCAUGUUUAUUUCUGUAUGUAACUACAGAACAAAACGUGAUGUACCCUCUCACCUGAUAGCUUUCAUGUCCUUGAAUGUGUUUUGUGUAUAUUGGAGAGCCCUCUUUGCCCCCGAGUGUAGGGUUAAGAAUGUAUGUGGUACGGGGUGGGUGUAGGAAGGCCAUGAUGAAGGGGGUUGGCCAAGCAUCAGUCUGUGUUGGGGUCAGGAACUAGACACAAAGGGUGGGUAGCCUACGCCCAACAUGUAGUCUAUGAGAUCUGUUUCCAGGAAUUGUCUAUUUCCCAGCAUUAAGGGCCCAGCGCCUCAACCUCUCUCUCUCUCUCUCCCUCUUGACAAUGACGGCCCCCACUGUCGCCCAUGAUGAGCCAGUCGACGCAUGCCUGAGAGUUGAAUCAAGCAUUAGAUCAAAAGACGACAAACAUUUAGUCUCCCCCCCGGCUCAGUGUAGCAGUGAGCACUGACUGAAGACAGAAGGAAAAACUCAUGUCUAUCUCUCCUCUACUUAAACGGUGUACGAACUGUUUGUCUCAUUUUUUAUUAUGCUGUCGUGAAUGACACUGAAAGCAUUGAGUUGCAUUCAGUUUCAGAAACAAAGAAAUAUGUAUGCUUAUGUAUUGUAUUUCUGCUCUUACUCUGGACAUAAGACGUCCUGGACUUUGUACUGUCUGUGAGAGGGGUGUGAGUCUUAGUCAAUGCAUAGCCUCUUUCCUUACACAAUGUACUGUAUAUAAUUUUAUUUUGCAAUUAAAUAUAUUAAAGCCAAAGGCCUAAUCACUUGA